AUCAAUUAUUGCAGUAAAUUCAUGAGAUGUAAAUGGUAUUUGGGAUUAAAAAAGAGACAACUGCUUCUCUUCCAAAAUGGAUAAUGGUAGGAGUUGACUGUAACGCGAGCACAGGGCUUUUAUUUAGUUUUGACGCACGCUCGGUCCGGUGUGUUGGGUCUCGCACGAGCGUUAUGUGAUGACCGUCAAUUUAAAUAAAACUAGCCAUAUUUUAGCUGCAUGUUUGACAUUCACGUUUUCUAGUGUUAUUUUUCAUAGAGGGUAACAAUGUAUCCAGUAACUGAGCCACGGAUACUUUGAGCGAGGGGUGCGUGCAGUUCAACUUUAAGUGUUAAACUUUUAGUGGACAUUGAUAUGUUAAUUAUUUGGAUUAAAUCACCUUUAUUUUAAAGACAAUGUAAUCAUGAUAAACUUGUCAUUAGUGGGAAACCGAUUCAAGACAAAUCAUUGCUGCUGGACGUUUCAGAUUUCAAGUGUUGAAGCCUUCCAUCCUGAAAGAAUGGGACUUUUAUGCAUUUGCCUGCUCAUUUGUGAGAUAAUCCUGUUGUCGGACUGUGCACGGGGGCCUCCCCGCGUGGCAGAGAAGAUCGCCCACCGGCAGACGGUGCGGAUCGGGCGCACCAUGAAGCUGCAGUGCCCAGUGGAGGGCGACCCGCCACCCCUCAUCAUGUGGACCAAGGACGGCCGCAACAUCCACAGUGGCUGGAUGCGCUUCCGGGUGCUGCAGCAGGCACUGCGCAUAAAAGAUGUGGAGGGCGAGGACUCAGGCACCUUCAUCUGCAAGGCCACCAAUGGCUUCGGCAGCGUCAACAUCAACUACACCCUCAUCGUCAUCGAUGACACCAGCACUGGGAGGGAUGGAGCUGGAACAGCGGGAGACGCAGAAUACAGCACUGACCAGUUAGGGAAAUUUGUCCGACCACGCUUCACACAGCCAGCCAAGAUGAGGAAGCGCGUGAUAGCCAGGCCAGUGGGCAGCUCAGUACGGCUGAAGUGCAUGGCUAGCGGGAACCCUCGUCCAGAUAUCGUGUGGGUGAAGGACAGCAAGCCGUUGACCCCUGGGGAGGUGGGUGAGGGCCGUAAGAAGAAGUGGACUCUGAGUCUGAAGAACCUGACCCCUGAGAACAGUGGGAAGUAUACCUGCCACGUUUCCAACCGGGCUGGAGAGAUCAACGCCACAUACAAAGUGGAAGUCAUCCAGCGGACAAACUCCAAGCCCAUCCUGACCGGCACUCAUCCGGUGAACACCACAGUAGACUAUGGUGGCACAACCUCGUUCCAGUGCAAGGUGCGCAGUGACGUCAAGCCGGUGAUUCAGUGGCUGAAGCGGUUGGAGCCGGGGAACGAGAACAAGUACAACUCCACCAUCGAGGUGGGCGACCAUCGCUUCGUGGUGCUGCCCACGGGAGAUGUAUGGUCCAGGCCAGAUGGCUCCUACCUCAACAAGCUGCUCAUCACCCGCGCCAAGGAUGAGGAUGCUGGCAUGUACAUCUGCCUGGGCGCCAACACCAUGGGCUACAGCUUCCGCAGUGCCUUCCUCACUGUGCUGCCAGAUCCAAAGCCUCACCACAUCCCUGUCCCCACAGCCAUCUCUCCUAGCCUGCCCUGGCCUGUGAUCAUUGGCAUCCCAGCCGGCGUGGUGUUCAUCCUGGGUACUGUUCUGCUGUGGUUCUGCCAGUCCAAACACCAUUGCUCCUCUGGAAGGGUAGUUACCACCCACGCCUCACAGCGCCCGCCCCCCCGGGUGUCAGCCUGCCCACCAUCUAGCGGGGACAAAGACUGCCUGGGCUCUCUCACCUACGAGGAGUACAUUACCCAGCAGCAGCAGCUCCUUCUGGCCCAGGGAGGCAAUGGCCUGGAGGUCCCCAAAGUCUACCCAAAGAUCUACACGGACAUUCACACACACACCCACUCACACGUGGAUGGCAAAGUGCACCAACACCAGCACAUUCACUACCAGUGUUAGUUGCCACUGUCUCGACAGGGAUGCUCAUAUGUACAAAAGCACUAACUAAUGCAGUGUUGGGUCGGCUCCCACCACCUACACCUUCGCCUCCUCCACGUGCCCAGUCCUGCCUUGAUCCUACAGACCCAGACAAACAGUCUGAGCCCGGGUGCUUCACACAAACCCCCUGACUGCUACAUACUGUUCUUUACUGAACAAAGCCUAGGGGAACAUGGAUCCAGUCAGGAUAGAACCCUCCAUGAGGUACAGAACAAGGGACAUGGCAAUGCCGUUCAGGAAUCCCACAUGUAAUAAUGUGAGUCCAAAUGGAGUAACAUUUCAUACAGACAUUUCACAUUAAACUCCACUCUGCAGAGAAAUAGAAACCUUUGUUUCUCUAGUCUAGAACAAUAUGAGCAAACUCACAGUGGCUGAAAUAAUUGAAUGUAUACAUUUAGCUAUGUCUCAUUUGAGAGUCUUUACUCUGUAUGAAAAUGGCAGCAUUUCCUGCAACACCCCAUCUCCUCUCCGGCCUGCUUUCAUGUGCAGUGACUUUGGAAGGGGCUAAGAGGAUCAUGUACAUUAGCUCUGGAUUUUUGUCAGAUGCACAACCUCAGUGAGUAACAAAAGGAGUAAGGUGCGAUAUAAAGUGUUUGCAGAUUUUAUGGUUUGGUAAUGGGUUGAAUCAGAAUCCUCAUGUGCCAUCCUGAGUACCUCAGAAGCAGGUCAACCAGAAGAGACAAAGUGUGAUUGAGUAAACAAAGGUUGAAUGUAUUCUGUUUCUCAAAAUGGUUAUCGUCAAGGAAAAGGACCUGCAAGGCAUUACAAUAUAUAUUUGUCUAUUGUAUGUGUAUGUGAAUGGAAAAUUAUUUAUCUGUAGUAGGAAAUGGUAUGAAAUCCUUUAAAGAAGGUUUCUUUACUGGAGGUAAAGGUCCCUAAAGCGUGAAACACACUGCCGACCCGGUAGCGUUGUUUCUACUUGUAGAAUUGCAAUACUGUUCAGUGGCCAAAGACUUGACUUUGAGCCAAUCAGAGAGCAUGAACCCCCACGUGGGGAACCCAACGAGUGACAACAUAAAGGAAAAAAAGAGGGGAUUUUCUCUGUACAUCCACGGUCAUGAGUCAGUCACACUUCAUAUAGGCUAUGGACUGGUAGCUAGCUAAGUGCACAGACUAGAGGUCUUCACGGGUCCAAAAUGUUCUGAAAUGGACCUGGGGCUUUCGCACCCUGACCCGAUAUAAAUACAUUUUUAUUUGGAGACCCGAACAGACGCAACGAGAUCGAGACCCGUUCCGAACAGACCUGGUCGGAGCCAAACCUGGUUAGAUCCGAGUAAGGGAAGCAGCAAAAAAGUCAUUUUUUAAACUACUUUAUUAACCGGAGCUAAUCAAGCGUGGGGGGAGAGAGAGGUGCCGCUCUAGCAGGUGGUGGAGCAUGGAGGGAGACAGCAACCAACCAAGCCAACUCACGAGAUAGUAGACUAAUUGCUUCCAUAGCUAGAUUAUUUAUCAUCAAAUAUGAUACUUGUCUUGACUGCAUCAAGCCGGGAAAAGCUAGCUAACUUUACCCAGCUAGGCUAAUUGAGGCUUACAAAUAACAACAACUCCAUUCGGAAUAUUAAGUAGCAGCCUUCCCGUUGGCUCUUGGUUGUUGUAGCCUAUCCUUCCUUAACUUUUAAUUCCGUCAUUUUUAUUCCAUCUUCCAUUAGAUAUCUCCUAAAUGUGCCACACACUUUUGGUUCUAGGACUGAAUAGCCUAUUGCCGCUUUGAUUGGCCAACAACAACAAGCUACAUGCGCCACGCUCCACUCGUGAAAAAUAUAUAAAUAUAGGAUAAAUUAUCAACAUUUUCUCUCUCUCUCUACAGAGUCGCAUUCAGAUAUGUACAGGCUCUUCCGGACAAGUCAGUUAAAAUUACACAAACCGGCGGCCUUUGACAUUCAGAUUUGAACCAGACCCGUGACAUUAUUUAGAAUUCUGGAUCCGGACCCGCUCGGGUCUUGGGUAUUCAGGUACAGGUGGAUCCUUGAAGACCUCUAGCACAGACGCAUUGCACACAACACUGAAUACUUCUUCCAAUUUACUAACCACUGUAGCUAGUAUUGACAUUAUAAUUAAAUCAUAAUGGAUUCAUUUACAUGAAACAGCUGCCUGUGUUAGCUGUCGAGUUAGUGUAGUGUCCUUAGCUAGCUAUGUUGUGCUAGUUUGCGAAUAUGCUGACUUUAGCUAGCUAGCUAAACAUUUGGCUAUGGACUGGCACUAUGGGAUUAUGGAGAGUGAAUUAAAUUGGUCUGACCCGGACCUCCUGGGCACCCAAUCACAGAAGAGUCAUUCAAUUCUUGAAUGCUCGUCCCUACUUUCCACAGCCACAAAGUCAUACAGGCCACCUAUUCUUACAAUUUCUCAAAUUAAAAUGUGAUAAUAAACCUAAUCCUAAAUUUAACCAUAAACACACUGUUAACCUUAUACCUAACCUUAAAUUAAGGCCAAAAGCCAAUGUUGGUUUAAAUGAUUUUUUACUAUAGACAAGGUGACUUUGUGGCUGUGGUAACAAACCCUUUUUAAUUCUCAGGUGACAAUCUUUCUUUUUGUCUCUUGUCCUUUGGAUGUGUGUGUAUAAUGUGUGCAUAACUCUGACCACUAUAUGAAAGUGUGUAAUAUGUAUUUGACUGCUCAUGUAAUGGCACCCUUUUUAAGCUUUGGGAAGGGAGACGGAAAGCUUGCCAAAAACCAAAUAACAGUAUGUCAAGAUUGCUGCCAUUGUCUGUGAAAAGUGUCCUCAGCCGAAUUGUUCAUUUGUUUUAUCCCAGUAUUUAUGUGUCAAAGCUAAUGGACUGCCAGAUUAUUAAUCCAUGCACUUAUUCCAAGUAUGUUGAUAGUGUUAAAGUUAAGCUAUUGCCCUCAGCUUUCUUUUGAGGAAUCUAGGACCGUGGAAUAUCCCAUGUCCCAUGUCGAAUUGACUUAAACAUGUCAAUCCUAAAUAAUUGUCUAGACUAAGACAGUGUAUUUAAUUUAUUUUCAUAAGCAAGAUAUUUUUUCUCCUACAAUUGAGCAUUAUGUCAUUUUUGUAUCCCAAAAAAAGACCAACUCGUCAGUGGAUUACAUUUUGUCUUAUAGUUACAGUGUAAGCUAUAUAGCAAAUACGUAAGUGUAAAAAAUAUUUAUAUGUGCCGUUCAGAUAUAUGGUAAUCUUUGUAUUGACAAUCUUGUACAGUCUAUUGUCUUUUAGGUUAAAAAAUAUUUUUGUCACAUGGAAACAUUUUCAUCAUUUUAUUAUCACCAUUAAAAUGAUAGUAAAUCUUCACAA